AUGAACAACAACGAUUGUUACAACAGUCGAGUUUCUAGCUGAUGUAAUGUAUACGUUCCUAUCGAAUCAACUUUCGUCAGUCGGUAUGGACGUUAUUCUGCUGACUGAGUAAAAGAGACUACUGCACUGCUGCCUCCCAGACGACUGUCAGUGCUUGAGCCCACCACACGCCUGCAACACGCCGCCAACACCUCUUUACUUCUCUGUGAUUGCGAAUAAGAUAACAUAGUGCUCUUUACGUGACUUCUGCACCACAAAACCGUAUGCAACAUGAACUAUAAGACUGUUAUGAAAGGCUUUGGAGUGGCAGCGGUAGUGCUGGCGGCGGCCUCACUCACGGCGGGUCUCAAAUGCUGGCAGUGUACGGACUGCGAUCUCAACAAACAAGAAGUAGCAGUCUGUGAACCCAACGAAAACAUUUGUUUGAGUUACAGAAUGCAUAAUGGUGUGAUGGUCAAGGACUGUGAUGUCGCCCCGUCCUGCGCAUCAGCAAUGGGCGUUAUGAAGGAGGUGAUUUGCUGCAACACUGAUAUGUGCAACAGUGGAUCCUCCCGCGGAAUGGUGGUGAUGCUGCCUUUGCUUGUGUUGGGUGUUACGGCCGCUUUCCUUCACUCUACCAAUUAAAACAGGAGUGGAUGUGACUGUGUAAAGAAGGAGGAACACUGCAAUCAGUUGCCAACAUCUAACUUCUUGAAGAUACGUUGAAAUGCAAGAAUAGUCUAUCUUUUUUUCUAUAAUUGCAAUUACAAAAUUUCAUCAAAAAUUGCGUUCAGUCAUAAAUAUAAAGAAUGUAAUUACUCGCUUUACAUGUAUAACUACUCCUUAUGAUAGCUAAAUUGUCACUGUACAAAAUGCAACAAAAUUGUCACUGUAGAAAAUACACCAAGGGAACAGAAUA